AAAAAAAGUAGCCUCGAGAUUCGGUUUUCUUCGGUAAAUGAUCCGGCCAGCUCUGUUGAUCGCUCCAAAGCCCAAAAGCCAAAAGUAGGGCCGUCGUCUGGAUCCAACUUCCCCUACCGUGUUAGCACAGUAGACCAACCUUCCAUCUCACGUGUCGAAGGCCGAAAGAACCGCACGCUUGUGCGCCGUCGCGCCGCCCUAAAUGCUACCCCAGUGGCCUGUGCCAUCGUUCGCGGGGGAAAGUCGCCGGUUCGGCGGUUCAGAGUAAAACAGAUCAUGUAUUCCAUAGUGUCUCUAGUGUUAAGGAAUUCGGAUCUCCUAGUUCAAGGGCUCAUGAAUGAGGAUUGUCUCUUGGAUGUUAGCGAGCUGAACUAUUCCCUUGUUUUUUUGAUCUCCAGCUCGUUACUCUCACCCGCUCCAAGUAAGUCAAGCGAUUGCUCGCUCUCGCGAUCGAAACCAGACACAUCUCUCAAUGUCUAA